AUGUCUAUGAUGUUGUGCCAGCUCGGGCAGAGGUGUGUGAUGGAGGUGGUGGUGCUUACCAUCCUGUCCUGGGUGUCCGUGUGGGCAGAGGAGAAGAUCAUAUUUGACAGACACGCUGUCUACUGGAACAGCUCCAACCCCAAGUUCUGGCACGGAGAGUACAGGGUGGCAGUGAACAUUAAUGACUAUCUGGACAUCUACUGUCCUUACUACGAGGGUCCUCCGUCCCACGGGCGCAUGGAGCGCUACAUCCUGUUUAUGGUCAACCACGAGGGCUACACUUCCUGUCAGCACAGGAUGCGUGGCUUCAAGCGCUGGGAGUGCAACCGUCCCAGCGGUCCUGACGGGCCCCUGCGCUUCUCAGAGAAGUUCCAGCUCUUCACUCCCUUCUCCCUGGGCUUUGAGUUCAGGCCUGGACACGAGUACUACUACAUCUCGUCUCCUCACCCAAACCAUGUGGGGCGAGCAUGUCUAAAGCUGAAGGUGUAUGUCAGACCUCCAGAUGGGUCGGGAUACGAUUCUCCAGAGCCUUUCCUGACUGAUGGAGGUCCAAGCUGGAGGCCAGGGUCCUUGGCCCUGUUAGCCGUUCUGGCCUCACUGCUCCUGGGACUCUUCUCCUGGGUGUGACCCCUCUCCCCCUCCUCCUGGAGCUCCCACCCAGGGUCGCUGGGCUGGGCUG